AUGACUUUUUAUCUCUCUGUCAUUACAGUUGAUGGCGUGUCCGUGUCUCAGAAGGAGGAGGUUCCUGAGACAAUGGACUCCCUCCAGGCCGAGGUGCCCCCUCAGGUGAACGGAGAGAAGGAUGAGAAUGAGUCACCUGACGUAAACAACAUCACCGCUGCCGAGGAGAAGGAGGUCGAGGAGAAAUCAGGCGAGGCCAACGAGGUGGGCUUCAAAAAGAUCUUUAAGUUCGUCGGCUUCAAGUUCACUGUGAAGAAGGACAAGAAUGAGAAGACGGACCCGGUGCAGCUGCUGACGGUGAAGGACAAAGACAUGGAGGAAGGAGAGACCAGCGGGUCUGAGGAAACUAAGGAGGAAGCCACCAAUGCAGAGGAGGAGGUCAAAUCUGAGGAGGAGAAGGCAACUGAGCCAGAGACCGCCAUCAUUGACAUUGACGCCACUCCAGUGGAUGUCCCAUCUGAGUCUGUGGAUGGAAAGGCUGCAGAGGUAAUCAGAGAAGAGGCCACAGAUGGAGCUGAGGAGGGAGCUACAGAGAAAGAGCCUGAGGACCCAGCUGCAACUAACCCACCUGGCCAGGAGUCAACUCAGUCCCCCUUCAGAAGGUUCUUUACACAGGGAAUCUUCUUCAACCUGCGCAAGAAGGCAAGCAUCAAGAAGCCCAAAGAGGAGGAACCAAAAGAGAAAGCUGCCGAGGAGGAGAUAAAGGAGGGAGAGAAAACAGCAGAGGCUGUGGUGGAGGAGGAUGGAGAGAAAGCAAAGGAAGUGGUGGAGGGAGAGGUGAAGGAGGUGGAACCAGUGACAACACCAGAGGAGGCUAAGCCUGAGUCUUCCCCAGAAACUGAGACAGCGGAAGCACCUGUCGAAGAGAUCAAAGAGGAGGUCCAAGCCGAGGUUGUAGUGGAAACGUCAGAAGUCUGUAUUUCUGACAAUGCAAAACCAGCGGAAGAGAAAGUUGAAGAGGCUGUGGAAGCAGACAAUGCCCCAGUCAAGGUCACCACCGAGGCUGAGCUGCUCUCAUCCCAGGAAAAGGUCAAGGCCCAGGGAAGCCCACUGAAAAAGCUCUUCACUGGGGCCGGCCUGAAGAAGCUCUCUACCAAGAAACAGAAGAAAGAUAAGAAAGACGCGGAGUCCAAGCUGACUGAAUCUGGGGAACAGGCGGCUGAACUCCAGACCUCCACAGAUUCAGCAGAGGUCCAGAAACCUGACAGUGGGGCCUCGUCUCCAGAGGAGUCUGGUGAACAUGCCCUCGGGGUGGAAGCCGCCCAAGCUGAGGCCAGCCAAGAGGCUGAUGGGGAGGUAACCAGCUCAGACGAAGGGAAGAAGAAAGAUGGUAUCAUGCCCUGGUCCUCCUUCAAGAAGCUGGUGACGCCCAAGAAACGCGUCAAGAGGCCCUCUGAGAGUGAGGACGAGGCAACUGGUGAGAAAGCCAAGUCGGCCACCCUAUCUUCCACUGAGAGCGCCGUAUUUGUGGAGAAAGAGAAAGAGAAGGAGCCGGAACCCACUGAGGAGGACCCAAAAACCGAAGCCACUGAAAAGCUGGAGGGCAGCACCGAGGAGUCCAAAAGGAUGAAGAUGGACACCUCUGUCUCCUGGGAGGCCCUUAUGUGUAUGGGCGGCAAUAAGAAAAGGACCAGGAAGACCUCUGACUCUGAAGAUGAGGAGACCAAAAUUGAAGAGGAGGCGCCACAAGCUGGAGAAGAGCAGGCUAAGACCGCAGAGUCUCCUCUCGGCAGCUCCAGAGAGGCAGAUCAGGAAAACACGGUGUCGUCCCCCGAACCAUCCACUAGCCCUGCCGCGGGAGAGUCCCCCUGGGAUACUCUCAAGCGUCUCGUAACCCAUAGGAAGAAGCCCAAAGCCGAGGACAAGACAGAUGAGUCCGGUGCCGAACCGGUUGUCUCAGACAGUGAAAUCCCAAAAGAAGAUUCCUCUUUCUCUCUGAGGAAACUCAUCCCUGGACGCAGAAAGAAGAAGCAGCUUUCCUCCGAUCUGGGGUCUGGCGAGGAAGACUCUGACACACCAGCCGUGGUCCCUCUCUCAGAGUACGACAACGAGCAUGCCAAGACUAAAGAAGAGGCUGAAUUUGAGAUGACAGUGGAGACAGUGGAUGCUAAGGAGGCAGCACCAAUCACUCAAGCUCAAUCAUCCACCGAAGAGAGAUCCCCCUCUUGGAUCUCAGCGACGGCGGUUGUGGAAAACCUCCAGGAGAUUCCACAUGAUCAGCUGAGCGACAUCCCAGAAGAGGGUGCCGCCACCCCCAAGUCUGCUGACACCACCCUCGCCGAGGACAUUGUAGAGCAGACUUCAGAGGCGGUCACAUGCCUGGAGCAGAAGCCAGAGCUGUCUGUUGCCGAGGUGACUGCAGAGAUGAUCCCAGCCAUGUCUGGAGAAACCACCCCUGUGCUCUAUGAGACUGAGCCAGAGUCUCUGCAGGUCCUGCAGGAGGCUGUGGAGCUGGUCAAUGAGCUCCCAAGUCUGACUUCCGUAGAAAUCACAGAGGUCCGACUGGAGGAAGCUGCGUCCAUCCCAGAGCCCACACCGCCGAUCGAGUUCACUGAGAGCGAAUCAAAGGUUGUCUUGAUGGUGCAUAUAGAAACUGAGGCCACCGCCAUCUGCACUGGCCUGGGCACCAAGGAGAUCGCCAAGGUGGCGGUGGAGAAGCCUGUUAUUCCCACCGUGGAGUGUCUAGCUGAGAUCAGCUAUGCUCUGUCUGCUGAGCUGCCAGUGGAGGAUAAGGCUGAUCCAACUGAGGCAGCUGAUGCUACUGAAGACCCAGUGUUUGAGGCUCAAGUAGAGCAGGUCGAAAGCACAUUCCUGGAGACUCCCCUAGAGAAGACUAUUGAAGACAUCCCAGAGCCUGAGAUAGCCACUGAGGGUAAAGAGCCUGAAGUUGAAAAGGUUGCCAUGAUCAAUGAUAUCCAGACGGAGGCUGAAAUCAUCGAGGCCCCUGUAGUGACUGAGAACACCCCCAGAGUGGAGCUGGUAGACCCCAUCGCACCAACUGUCGAAGAAUCCAUUGCCGGUGACAUUGUGGAGAUCUCUGAGGCACCUGUCGUUGAGGUCAAAAGUGAGGAGAUGGAGGUGGAAGAGACAGCUGCCAUCAAAGCGAUCGCUCCUGUAGAGGAGGUGAAUGAGCCCGUCGCAAGUGAAAUGGCUACCUCGCUAACUGACGUCGAUCAGGCCACAAUUACUGAGGUGUGCGAGGCAACCAUUGCUGUUGUAGCCCCUGCUGAAGAGUUCACCAUUGUCAAGGAGUCUGUGUGCCUCAUCAUGUCCAAGUCCGUGAAAACCCAGCAAGUGGAGGUCCCGGAGGCAAUGCCGGUGGAAACGGUCUCAGUGGCAGUUGCAGAGCCUGCUGGCAAUGACCAAAUCCAAGUGAAAGUGACUGAGGUUGGCGUUACAGAGGCCGAGGAGACGAAGGAGGCAGAGGCCAUGGAGGAGACAGGCUUGGUCAUUGCUCAGGUGGUCAUCCUGAACGCUGUGGAGAAAGUGUCUGAAGCAGAGACUGAACCCGAAGCGCCUGCCUCCGUCGCUGCCACCAUCACACCUGAAGACACACUACCAGUCCAGGCAGUAGCAACAAUAGAGGAAGAGAUUGAACAAGUAGCAGAGGAGAAACCUGUCAUUGCUGAAACUCUUAUAGUCCAAGUUAAAGCACCAGCACCAGAAACUCCAGCAGAGGAGCCUGCUGCUCCAGAGGCACAAGCCAAGGCUGAAAAACCACCAAAGGAAGUCCAUGAGGCCGUCCAGGUCAUUGAGACAGUUCCAGUCAUAGUUGAAAUCACAGAGAUUAUCAUGGAAGAGGUUACCAAGGAGGCGGAGGAUGUUGUCAAAGAGGAAGUAGAGGAGAUAAAACAGGAAGUGGAAUUAAAGCAAGCAGUUGAGGUCAACGUAAGUGAGGAGAAAGUUGUAGAGGUUGAAGUUGUAGCAAAGGUGGAACAGAUAGAGGGUGAGACAGAUGGAAAGGCAGAGGAGGUGAUCAAAGAGGUAAAGAGCAACGUAGAGGCAGUAGAGGUUCAGGAAGUUCUACAAGCUGAGGUAAUCAAGCUGGUUCAGGAAGUGAUAGCAGAGGUUCCCGCUCCAGAGACAGCUGAUGAGAAGUCAGAAGCAGCGGUGGUGACAGAAGAGACCCCAGUCCCAGAGGCGCCCACAGAGACCCCCAAAGCCCCAGCCCAGCCAGAGGAGACGACUGUUGAGGUUGUGGUCCCACAUACAGCACAGGUGGUCAAUCAGGCGGCACAGAUCGUUGAAGAGAAGGAAGCAGAGGAAAUCCAGAUGGAGGAGGUGGUGGAAAUCGAUGCCAUUGUUACCGCACCAGAGACAAAGGAAGCCCUGGCUAAAAAAGACACGCCAGCCCCUGAACCGACACCAGACACCCCGGCUGUGGCUGCCAGCCAAGAGGCCCCUGCUAACAUCGUGGAGGAGGAGGUUGCUGUCGCCAUGGCUGUGACAGUUGCCAGACCAGCGGAGGCAGGGGCAGCGGCAGAGAAGGCGGCGUCAGUGAAGCGUGUGGAGAUGAUGGCGCAGGUGAUCGAGGUGAUCGAGGAGGCGGUGAGGGAGAUCGAACCUGUCUCCUCCACAGAGCUCACAGCUGCAUCGUGA